UCGUCCUUCUGCCCGCGCAUCGCCCAGCCCAUCGCUAGUGACCACCUCGUUCCGGAGGAGGGCUGCCUGCUUGCUCGACCGCACUGUCAACAGCCUCGGGGAGCUAUCUUCCGUUUGGCGCACCCCCCUACCCUAGCCCCAUCUCCUCCAUCUCCAUCUCGAACGUCCCCCAGCUCGAUUAGCAAUUGUCAACCUCACAACCCGCCAACAUGUCGAACGACGUCUCUCCCGACCAGAUGCAGGCGCGCAUCCAGCAAGCCCGUCGUGAAGCCGAAAACCUGAAGGAUAGAAUAAAGCGCAAGAAGGAUGAAUUGGCCGAUGGCACUCUCUCCGGCAUCGCCAGGAGUCAACAAGAAGCCCUCCCCAAGAACCAGAUGAUGAAAACCCGGAAAACACUGAAGGGACAUCUAGCUAAGAUCUAUGCCAUGCAUUGGUCAACGGAUCGGAGACAUUUGGUGUCGGCGUCGCAGGAUGGAAAACUUAUUAUUUGGGAUGCAUACACAACCAACAAAGUCCACGCCAUUCCUCUCCGUUCUUCGUGGGUCAUGACCUGCGCAUACGCCCCGAGUGGUAAUUACGUCGCCUGCGGUGGUCUGGACAACAUUUGCUCAAUUUACAACCUAAAUUCAAACCGCGAUGGACCAACUCGUGUUGCCCGGGAGCUCUCAGGACACUCUGGAUAUCUCUCCUGCUGCAGAUUCAUUAAUGACCGAAGCAUCUUGACCUCUUCGGGCGAUAUGACCUGUAUGAAAUGGGAUGUGGAAACCGGAUCAAAGGUGACUGAAUUCGCGGACCAUCUCGGUGAUGUUAUGAGCAUCAGCAUCAACCCGACCAACCAAAACACUUUUGUCUCUGGUGCCUGUGAUGCUUUUGCCAAGCUGUGGGAUAUUCGUGCUGGCAAAGCAGUCCAGACCUUCGCUGGCCACGAAUCCGACAUUAAUGCCAUCCAAUUCUUCCCAGAUGGUCAUUCCUUUGUCACCGGUUCCGAUGAUGCUACCUGCCGAUUGUUUGAUAUUCGAGCUGAUCGGGAACUUAACCAAUACGGAAGCGAGGCUAUUCUUUGCGGCAUUACGUCUGUUGCUACGUCGGUUUCCGGCAGGCUACUGUUUGCGGGUUAUGAUGAUUUCGAGUGCAAGGUCUGGGAUAUCACUCGGGGCGAGAAGGUUGGAUCGCUGGUCGGUCACGAUAACCGAGUCAGUUGUUUGGGUGUCAGCAACGAUGGAAUGAGCUUGUGCACUGGAUCUUGGGAUUCAUUGCUCAAAAUCUGGGCCAUGUGAAGCACCAUAACUCUACGACUUCGGGCGGUAUACCUCGAGCCGUGCAGAGCGGCUCGAAGCUCAAUUGCACCCAACCCGACCCGAAUAUCCUCGAUUCCU